AUGGACAGCGAAGCAGACGGUGGGAAAGACUCCGUUGAUUCAGCUGGUGUCAAGGUAUCAGCUACUGCUGGAUCGUCACAAACGGCUGAACCCAAACAAAUGUCAAUGCUGAGUGAUGACUUAACUCAAAAUAAUCUUAGUCAUCAAGAUGAUGAUGAUGAUGUUGGUGAUCAUAAUGAUGAUGGUGAUUAUCUGAUACCACCAUCUACCCCAAAGAGCGAUUCAGUUAUCAACUCUUCGAUCCAGCCUUCAUCCUCUUGGGAACUGACCAAUGAAAGUACCCUACAAUCAACAAAUAAAGCUAUCCAUGAUUUAGAACGGAAACUAUCGAUAGGCUCAACCUCAUCAAAUGUCACUCACGUUUCUCAAGCAAGUUCGGUAGUCAUUGAUCCAAGUAAAGCUGGUGUAGGGAAGUCACUAAUCCAAUCAACCGUACUUGAUUAUUUAAAGGAUACAUCCUUUGAUCCGAAUAAUCUUUUUGAUGAACGACAUCAUAAGUUUGUUACUAAAUUCAAUAAGGAAUAUUCCUCAUCGCCAUCGUCAUCUCCGGUUCCAGCUCCGGUUCCAGCUCCGGUUCCAGCUCCGGUUCCAGCUCCGGUUCCAGCUCCCUCGUUAGCAUCUCCUAUAAAUGGCACUACUCUGCCACUUCCAGGUAUCGUUGUGACUAAUGAUGAUGAUGAGGAGGAUACGUUAUCAUUGAACUCCGAGUCAUUAACCACUAAGUCCUUCAUUCAAUCUCCAACCUCGACUCCAACUAGUUCACCAAGAAAAGGUACGGAUUCCAAGCAAGCAUUAAGAUCAUCACCGAAUAAGCCACCAACAAGAACUUCUCCUAAUAGAUCGCCUCGCUCUCCACAACGAAGGAAAGUCCAGAACAUUGACGGCACAAAUUAUCUUAAUAAAGAUGAUAUGCAAUUAAAACCAUUGACGGCAAACGACUCCGUUGCUACGGACAUGGACGUUGAGUUCAUGCAUCCUAGUGUAGAUGAGAGCUUUGACGAUUUGGACGACGACGAUGACUUCUACGAUCACGAAGGAGAUAUGAUCGAAACUACAGAUGAUAUGUUGAUUCCUCCAUCACCUCCUAGAAGUCCACCAAAGGAAAUUGAUCCUGAUAUGCUUUAUGGACUUUAUGAUUUCAAUGGUCCAGAUCCUUCUCAUUGCACUUUGGCCAGAAAUGAGCCUGUUAUCUUGGUUAAUGAUCAAGAUAAUUACUGGUGGCUUAUACGAAAGCUAACCAAAGCUGAACGGAUAGCCCAUAGACUUAAGCAUAAACGAGUAAGUAGCGGGUGUCUUAUAAACAGCGUCAUCAAUUCUGAUGGACCAUCUUCAUCCAUAGACCGGACUUCGCAGUACACAGAACUGGAAGAUGAAGAAGGCAAUAUAAUGUCCGAUGAAGAAGACGGGAAGACAGGUUUUGUACCUGCAGAAUGUUUGGAGACUUUUGGGGAAAGACUUGCAAGAUUAAACUGUUAUAAGAAUGAAGAGUUAGAGAAGAGUGGAGUUAGUAUGGAUACACUUAAGCCACAAAUACAAAAAACACCUUCUAAUAAAACAGUGAUGUUCCAUGUUGAAGAAGCACCUAAUAGUUUGGCACAUGAUGAUGAAGAUAAUGAGAGUGAUCAAGAAUUCCCUACUGAGUUUUAUGAUCGCAAACAUAUAACAGAUUCUCUUUUGAAACCACCAAAUAAAUCUGUUGGUGAAGAUGAUGAUGAUAAGGAUUCAGAAGUUUUUAGUGAUUUGUAUCCUGCCAAUGUUGAAUUAGUGGUUAAGAAGAAGAAGGGAAACAGUUUUGCUACAGAUGUACCAUUGACAUCUAUCAAAUCCAGAUUAGUGGAUAACUCUUCUAACUUGCUUACUCCCUUACGUGGAGUGCAAUCAGAAGAAAGCUUACCACAUCAGUUGGAGUCACUUAGUCGCCUACAGAACCUGGAUGAAUGGCAAGCACUUGAGCGACCUUCAGUCCACCAGAACUACGAUGAUGUUUCAAUAGGUUCUUUCUCUCCUGAUACACCUGUAUCUGAAUUUACUAGAAAUAGAUCUCCUCAAGAUCACGAGUUAGAAAGUACCCCUCCAGUUGAGAGCCAUCUCCCACUUGAUUCCAAAGAUAAUGAAGAGAGCAAUAGUCCAGCUUCAAUCAUAAGACGAUCUUUGAUUUUAGAUCGUCUAAACCAAGUUACUUCUGAUAUUCAACAGCUUCAAUUGAAUGAUUAUGAAGCCUUCAACGAACAAGGUGAAAAUGUUUUAGUAAAGUGGAACAAGGAAGAAAGGAACGAAGUCACAAGAGAAACGGAUGAUGAUGAUAAAGAAGUUAAGCUCUCCAGUUUUAAUCCUUAUGCUCAAGCUGGGGGGGAUGUAAUUGAAAGUCCAGAGGAAUCACCGUUAAUGAACCAAUCAUCACCUCUGUUUUCCAAGUCUUGCACAGUUAAACAGACCAUUGCAAAUGAAGAGGACCACGAUGAGGAUGAUUAUGAUGUCUGUGAUAUUAAUGGUAUUCGCAGCGAAUCCCGGAUUUCCAACGAAGUGAUAACCCCAUUGACCCUGACCAAUAGUCUAACGAGUGGAGUGAAGGCCACCGGGGGAAAAGAAAGUGUGAGCUCACAAUCAGCUCGUGGGAAUUACAAGACAGAUUCAAUUAGCAGUAGAUCAGGGAGUGCACUGAGUUUAGAACUAAAAUAUUCCAGUCGUGAUGAAAUCCAAGGGGAGGAUUUUGUUCAAACACCAACAAAUACAAUUAUGGAGCGGAAGGAACUGACUCCCGGAAGUCAAACGACAACUACUGUUAUUGAUGAAAGUAAUGAUGGACUUGCUAAUACUCUGGAAAAUACUUCUAGGUAUAGUCCUGAGCUAACGGUUGAGUCUUCAAAGAUGGCCGCCGUUGAAGGAGAUUCGGUGGUAGAAACGAGUAUUGAUUCCCUGAUGAUUGCGGAUACCGGAGAAGAAGAUGAAGAAGUAGGAUCAGGUUAUAAUCCGGUUGCAUUUGGGAUGCUACUUCCCGAACAAGACGAGGUAGCCAAAUCUGCAUUUGCCGAUAGACGGAAGUCUAAACCAGUUCAUGAUAUGUUUGCACCGGUUUUAAAUAAGUUUGAUGAUUUGGCGAAGAAACUUGCUGAAUUAGAAGAUCUUUUAUAG